AGGAAAAAGAAGGGAAAAAACAACAUUUUCUGUUCAAGCUUCCCGUUAGCCACCCUGCUAGCAGUCUGCCCGCCUGCCAGAGCCACACACCACGAAAGACCCCCCCCCCCUCACCCCUGCACAACACAGUCCCAACCCAAACGCUGCACCGAGGCGACCGGCCACCAACCUCAACAAGGGCAUGACCUGCACCUGUCCGCUGCCACCGCCGGGUACUAGCACACCCCGGCGCGCCCCCCGCCAGCCGUAGCCGCUCCCCCGCCGGUCCCCGACACCCCAUCCACAACGGACCGCAACGACUCCGGGAGAACCGGAAUGCCAGCCCCGGCCCCAACGGGCCCCGGAUGCCCAACCCCAAGGGAAAUACCCACCUUCCCCCCCACCCAAAACCAGCUGUAGGCCAGUGGGCAGAGCAGGGCCAGAAGGCGGGCCCGACCCAGGCGGGAGGCGCUGACAGCCCACCGUGAGCCCCAAGUUAGCCGGGGACCCCCCACAGCCUGAGGGAGAGAAGGGAGACGACUGCGGCGGCGCGUCUCGGGGAGAGGGAAGAGGGGCACCACCCCGGUGUGGAGGUGAUGAGGUGUGAAGAUGGAGGUUCCUGAGUAUUUGGACUUGGAUGAGAUUGACUUCUCCGACGACACUGUGUAUUCCGUCUCAUCCCUGAAGAACAUUCCGGAAUUGUCUAGACGGAACGAUGCACAAGCUGAGGAGAGAACUGCUCCCUCCAUCAACUGGAGUCGAGGUGUGGCGUCCCAGAUGGGCGUGGUGGGAAUCAAACCCGCGGGCGUGACUGAGGCGCACAGCAAAUUCCGUCCCGUGAAGCGAGUUUCUCCUCUCAAGCAUCACCCCGAGACCAGAGAGGAACCUCCGGGCUGGGACUCCAAGGUCCAAGACCAAGACCAGGACCGAGGAGCUGCAAACGCCAGGCUAGCCGCUAAGGACCACAAGUUGCCUCCCAAUGCGACGGGAGGAAAGCUGGUGGACGGCACUGGUGCGGGUUCUGAUAAGCGUGCCCACCAGGGGCUCAACCAGGGAGUCCUCGGGGAGCUGGAGCACUAUGACCUGGACAUGGACGAGAUCCUGGACGUGCCGUUCAUCAAGUCGUCCGGCCAGCAGAUGUCGACGCUACCGAGAGCCGUGGACAAACGGGUCAUGAGCGCAGGCGACGUGGGCGGAGCCACGCUGGAGCGACAACGCCGGCAAAACAAGAAAAACAACAAAGAGGACGUCGACAGCAACAACGCAGCAGCACAGAUGUGCAUCCUUUCCCCCCUGAAGUGGUCGGACCUGAGGAAGUCCAAGUCCCUGGAUCCUGACCUGCAGCACCUUCCUCGUUCUCAGUCUUCAGGAGGCCUCCAGCAUCAUCUUCACCAUCAUCAUCAUCAUCAGGAGGUGGCGCUCUCCUCUUCAUCCUCGCUGCUCAGCUGCUCCUCGUCACUCUCCUCCUUCCUUGAGGGAGACAAGCUGCUGUCAGCCAGGGUGUAUCCAGAAGCACAGAACCUCAACCAGAAUCAAAGGCCGGGCCUGGAGCCUCCUGUAGGGGGAGCCGGCGUCUUGUUUCCCCUGCUGGCCAAGCAGGACUCUUCCAAGCCGUGGAGCCCUGCAAGCGGACAACAUGGAGGAGCAUCAGGAGGAGUAAGGGGGGGGGGAGCGGAGGUGGAUGAGGAGAGCAAGAAGAAGCACAACAUCAUAAACAUCGUGAGGGAAGGUCAAAUCUCACUUCUGCCUCACUUGGCUGCUGACAACCUUUCGCUUAUCCGCGACGAGGUGGGCAACAACCUUCUUCACGUGUCGGCGUCUCAGGGCCACGCCGAGUGUCUCCAGCAUCUCACGUCUCUGAUGGGAGAGGACGGACUUAACGAACGCAACCAGCAGCAGCUUACGCCCGCGGGGCUCGCCGUCAAGAACGGUCACCUGGAGUGUGUGCGUUGGAUGGUGAGCGAGACCGAGGCCAUCGCUGAGCUGAGCUGCACCAGAGAACAUCCAAGCCUGAUACACUAUGCCGCUCGCUAUGGACAGGAGAAGGUGUUGCUGUGGCUGCUCCAGUUCAUGCAGGAACAGGCCAUCUCUCUGGAUGAGGUGGACCACAACGGCAACACAGGUGUACACGUGGCGGCACAGUAUGGACACCUCACGUGCAUACAGACGCUGGUGGAGUACGGUUCCAACGUGACGGUGUUGAACCAGCACGGCGAGCGACCCUCACAGCUGGCGGAGCGUCAAGGUCACAGCCCAUGCGCUCGCUACCUGGUCGUCGUGGAAACGUGCAUGUCCUUAGCGUCACAGGUCGUCAAGCUGACCAAGCAGCUCACCGAACAAGCAGCUGAGAAGGCAACACUACAGAAACAACUACACAAACUUGACACCAGCUCUCAUCCAUCUGGCAUCGAGGCAUGGCCUGAGAUGAUGUUAAGCGUGGAGGGCACUUCUGUGGAUGGCGAUUGGCUCGUGCGCCAGGAGGCGGGGCUGCAAAAAGAUCCUUGCGAAGCGUCAAGGGCUGGGGGUGCCGGGGCGGCGGCCGCGGGGGGUCCAAGCCGGGAGGGCGUCCGGCGUAGCGGCACGGGGGCAUCGGCGGAGAAGCGCGAGCAGAAGCUGGCGCGUCUGAAGCAGAUGAUGCAACGCUCACUCAGUGAAUCGGAUUCCGACGCCCCCCCGAGACCAGAUAGGCCCACACACCUGCCAAUCAAUGAUGAGGAACCCGCCUCUAAGCACCUCCACCUGGUGAUGAGGAAGCAACUCCCCUUGGCCGACAGGAAGCCUAUCUCCAAACCGGUCAACGGCGUGGCCUUCACCCCCUCGGAGGCCGUGGACGCCACGGGCGACACGGACGCCGCUGCCAGCCCCCCCCCCAAGGCGGCAGCCACCAGCCCCAAGAGCGCCCUCAAGUCACCGUCGUCGCGCAGGAAGACAGCGCACAGCCUCAAGCUCAGGGUCACCUUCAAUGAGCACUUGCACCAAGAGGCGGAGCCUAUCAGGGCUCCGCCCACCACCAAGGAGGCUACGUCCACAGGAAGCUCAGAGGCCAAGAGGCCCUUCGGGGCACUCAGGUCCAUCAUGGAGACGCUCAGCGGAAACGCAAACAACAACAACAACACGCACAACACAACACACAACCAGCUCAAGAACAAGAACAGAAGCACUCAUGUGUGAACACAACUUUAUUCAUGGCAUCACCUUUUUAAACAACUAUUUAAAGCACGCUGUCACGAUUUGUCGUUUAAAGCACGCUGUCACAUGAUUUGUCGUUAUGGCAACACUAUUCAGGAUCUUAAAACAACUUUAAACCAAACUGUCGUCAAAUGAGGCUGUCAUAUGUUCUAUCACUACAAUAGCAACACUAUCCAUGAUGUCGCCUGUUUUUUUUAAUAUUUAAACUAGGUUGUUUCACUUUAUUCAUGACGUCAUUUUUUUUUUUUUAAAGGACUAAGUAUUUUUUCACACAACUUUAUUUAAACAAGGCUGUCUCGAUAUGUCUCCAAGCUGACCACACUUGCAUCACAGCCUCCAGUCCACAAGGGAGAGAACCCACCAACUAAGCGAUUAUGUCACCAAAUCCAUUACACCAAGCCGAAGCCAGUGGUCAAAUGUGCGCCCUGCAGUGGUUGUCAUGACAUUGGAGCAAUCUGAUUUGACGCUUUGACGCACGCGUGAGUUAGCGCCGCCGAUGCUAAAAUCUUCGUGGUCAUAUGACAAAAUGAACAUGUCACGCAUUUUUUUUUUCAUCAAGAUGAGGGGAAAAAAAAUGAGACAAAUGAGCUGAAGUAACGCAACAAAUGUUAGCACUUUUUUUAUUAACCAAAACAAAGGUUUACUUGUAUUUCUUGUGUGACUUUUGCUCUUUAAUUGCAGAUCAAUGUUUCACACUAUCAUGCAACCAGGCUAGCAGCUAGCCACAUUAGCAUUUUGUUGGUAUCAUGCUUGUUAGUUCUUAGCUUGUGUGACUCAGUCCCACUGUUUAAGUUAGCAUUUAAUCAGUGACUGUUUAUCAUAGAUAUGAAUAGGUAGAUACAACACAAUCCUUUAGAGUGCAUUACAUGUGUGUGGACAGCAAGAUUACCAAAAGACCAAGGAUGCCGAUACACUGUGCUGCGUACAGUUGUGUACAAUGCGGUACAAAUACUGCAAGGGAAGUGGGGGAAACCUUUAACAGGUACAAAUAUUUUGGGGGCUUUUCCCCCCCCCUUUCUUUCAAAUGUUCUUUAUUGAUAGGACACGCUUUGACAAUGACAAAAAAAGUAAACAUGAAAAUCGGUUGAGUAAUGAGCAAGUUAUGACUUACUUUCAAUGUCCAUGAAUUGCCUUUGAGAGGAAUGUCGACCUCCCCAACAUGGCCAUCACGUAGGUACGUCUGUUAGUAGGGCUGCUAGAGCACGCUGGCGUACUUUUUAUAGUCGUAAUAUCUGCUGUUGAUCUUGUCUUAGCAUAUAGCCUGUGUGCUUCCUUGUUUUUGGGUUAGCAUUUAGCCAGUGACUGCCAGUUUUUAGCUCCUGUUAGUGUGCAGCCUUUAACUAGAUAAAUGGUCUCUCGUGCUGUCCAAUCGAUGAGGUUGAAUUUAUCACUUUGACUUGCGCGCCAGCCCGUCUCGCCAUUGUGCCCCCACAGGUGUCGAUGUCGAAAACUAGCAUGUUGUGUUUUGUCCCCUCCUGCUAAAGCUCAUUUGGCUAAUUGUCACGUUUCAUAUUCGCGUGUGAUGGAGGGCACCAUUAGGGCGGCACCCACCUGGGGGGGGGGGGGGGGGGGGGGGGGGGGG